GGAGGGUGUACGUUCUCCUCACCAGGUUUCUCUGGAGUUCCCUCUGGCACUCCUGGUGCUCCAGACCCUUCCUCAGCUCCAUUUCCUUCUCUGGACACACUCCAGCCCCCCAAUGUCUUUUUCUCUAUCCACACCCAGGAUUUGAGGCGCUUCUGCCAUGAACACCUCAAAUUCCCAAAAUUUCCCCUUUGUGAGCUCAGAGUUCAAGUGGGACUGAGCAGUUUGGGGGUGAAUCCAGUGAAAGGCACUUUGGUGGGAUGCCAGAGGCAGAGUGUGUGGGGUCACAGCGUUGGGGCCAGGGUGGCAGCACCUCCAGGCCCCUCAGAGGCUCCUGCUGUUCCUUGCAGUGCCAUGGGAACGGUGGUGCUGGACGGGCAGAUCUACGUGUGUGGUGGCUACGAUGGAAACUCAUCCCUCAACUCGGUGGAGUCCUACUCUCCAGAAACAAACAAGUGGACCACAGUGACCCCCAUGAGCUCCAACCGCAGCGCUGCCGGCGUCACCGUGUUCGAGGGACGCAUCUACGUGUCCGGGGGGCACGACGGGCUCCAGAUCUUCAACAGUGUAAGGGCCUGGCCAGGGCUCAGCCCCUGCACUCAGCACCUCUGUGUCCUGUCCCUGGGCAGCCAAACAGCCCCGAGUGCUUGUGCCACCAAAUUGUGUCACUUCCAGCCACAACAGAAAAACCUGAGGGGGAGCUGAAGGGACUCGUUUAUCCACUCAGGGACGUGGAGAUGUUC